CUUCAACAUCAAACCAAAGAACAUCCAAAUUCACGAUCAGGAUUAGUUCAUUGUCACAACACGCUCAACACAUCUUGCAAUUGCAUUAGACUUGCUUUGCCGAAUUCAGGCAUACAAACAUCUAAAUUCAAAUCCACAACCUUCAAAAAUGGCUCCGACGCGCUCCAAGAAACGCAAGUCCACUGAAUCAACAAGCUCUGUAGAUGUCCAGAGCUUCCCAGCUCCACCACAAAUGAUACCCACGAAGACGCACAGUCCAACCAGAACGCCCACAAACAGAAGUCCGAUCAAGAAGCAGAAGAUGGGGAUCACACUGGCGCAAAAGCAAGCUCUGAUCGACAAUCUGCAGCUCGAGAUCACGGAACGCGCCAGAAAACUACGAGCACAAUACAAUCUACAAGCACAAGGAUUAAGAACGCGUAUUGAGAUUAGAGUCAACCGUAUCCCAAUGGCAUUACGAAGAGCGAAGAUGGGGGAUUUACAUGCGAAAUACAGCGAGCCAUCCAGACCAGCAGCUACAGCUUCACGCACAGAAAUGAUUAAUUCGCCACGAAAGAACCUGCUACAGGCAGAACAGAGCAACUCACGCGGCAGUCCAUCCCCACAACGCGCUCCAAAACGAAUGAGCGACGACAUUUCCGUCGACAAAGAAAACGAAGAUAUCGAGAACCCCAAGAAACGAAUCCGCGGUGCGCCCAUUCCCCCAGCGCGCACCACAUCCCGCCCAGGCGCCAGAAUUCAACCCUCUCAAGUUCUCUCGCCCCGCUCAGCCAACUCCCGCACCCUCCCACGUUCUCCCAUCCGCCCCGCCUCACCCACCAAAUUCCUCCUCGCCCGCCCCAUCUCACCACUCAAGCCGACAGCUCCAGUGCCCUCUGGCGGCGCAGCAGGAAUCCUCACAAACAUGGUCGAGAAAGCGAAAUCGUCGCGCGCAGCAGCAGGGGCAGCGAGGAAAGUUACUGCUGAGAAAGCCGCGCCAGCAACUGUUGGAGCAGGACGAGGAAGACGAGCAGCUCCUUCUGCGGCGGCGCCGACUACUGGGAGAGGGAGGGCGAGUACGAUUAGUGAGAGUAGUGAGUCGAGUAGUGCGACGACGAUUGUGAGGAAGCCGGUUGCUGCAGCGAAGAAGGUGCCUGUUAAGAAGACGGUUAUGAGUACGAUUAAGGGGAUGGGGAGUCAGAAGAAGAUGCCGGCUGCUAGUAAGGCAUCUGCGGCGCCGACUACUGCUGGUGGGAGGGUACUGAGGAAGAGGAAUUAAGUGAAGGGAUUAUGAGUAUUUGUUGAUACAGGGGAGAGGGAGUCUUUGGAGAAGAGGAAGGAGUCCUUAUUUUGGUCUUGUGGUUUUUUCUGAUGUACUGUUUGGGUUUUGUAACUUAGCGUUUGGCGUCACGGUUAUCAUCAUUUAUGUUCUGGAAAAGAGGAUUCAAUGCAGCAAGAUGAGAUACAAUGCCAGAGAAUUCUCAAUCCAUG